GGAGUGUCCAUCCAAACAGACCCUAAAUUCAGCCUUCCAAACGUUAUCGUUUCUCGUCCAGAGCAUCGUUAUCCCAUUUUGGAUUUGGGAAUUGUGGAGCAGAAUGGAGCAGCCGAGAUGAGACAUGGCUACUGCCGUUUCAUGUCUCUCUCUAUUUCUCUCGCCGGCGCCACGGCCACUUAACCAGCACCGACUAUUCAUAUCAUACAACUCCCAUCUUUCGCUCAUCAUCCCUGCUCCUUCACUAUCUCAUCCCUUCGUUAAUAGGGAUUCGCAUUUUCGCCGGCAUGGAGGGCGGAUUGUCUCUUCUAUCCCUGUCUUGACCUCUGGAGCAGAAUCUGUCCAGAACUCCCAGGAAUUAGCUUCUACAGCCGGUGAUAGGGUCUCGUCCGUCAUUUCGGCUCUGCUUUUCGCUGCUUUCAUUGGCUUAUCCGUUCUCACUGUUGGGGUAAUCUAUUUAGCUGUAACAGAUUUCUUACGGAAGAGGGAGAGUGACAAGUUCGAAAAAGAAGAGGCUUCUAAGAAGAAAAGUAAGAGAAAGGGAAAGAUUGAAAAUAGAGCUAAAGCCGGACCUAGAGGUUUUGGCCAAAGAAUUGUUCAAGAAGAUGAUGAAGAGGAUUGACACAUAAAAUUUGAAAUCUUUUCACGUGCUAUUGUUGUGAAGCACUGUCUCAUUAUUAUUUACCAUUUCACUGGUAAUUCACAGGCACUUUAUUUGCAAUUAUUUACCAAUUUUAACUUCAGAUAUACUUAGACCUUAGUCAUCCUUGAUGGUUAAGGUAAACUUGGAUGAACUAAAACAUUACUCUCA